AUGAGAAAUCACACAACAGUGACUGAAUUUGUCCUGCUGGGGAUCCCUGAGUCAGAAGGUCUAGAGACCACCCUUCUAUUCCUGUUCUCAUCGAUAUAUUCGUGCACCCUCUUGGGAAAUGUGCUCAUCCUCAUGGUGAUCCUCUCCUCCUCUCAGCUUCACACUCCCAUGUAUUUUUUCUUGGGAAAUCUCUCCAUCUUGGACCUGGGUUUCUCUUCAACAACUGCUCCCAAGAUGCUGUUGAACCUUUCAGGGAAGAGUCAAGGGAUCUCUUUCCAGGGCUGUGUGGCCCAGCUCUUCUUCCAUCAUUUCCUGGGCUGCAGUGAGGGCUUCCUGUACACGGUGAUGGGGUUGGACCGCUAUGUAGCCAUUUGUCAUCCCCUGAGGUACACGGUCAUCAUGAAUCCCAGGGUCUGCUCCAUCUUGGCCACAGGCUCUUGGCUGGGUGGCUCUGCCCAGGCCAUUAUCCUAAGUUCCCUCACCUUCCAGUUACCUUACUGUGGGUCUAAUGAGUUGGCCUAUUUCUUCUGUGAUGUGCCUGCAGUGUUACCUCUAGCCUGUGAGGAUACUUCUGUAGCCGAGAGGGUAGGUUUUACAAAUGUUGGUCUUUUGGCUUUUACAUGCUUAUUUCUUAUCUUUGUUUCCUACAUUCGCAUCGGGGUCUCCAUAUCAAAAAUCCGCUCAGCAGAGGGCAGGCAUCGGGCUUUCUCAACCUGCAGUGCCCACCUCACUGCAAUUAUUUGUUUUUAUGGCCCAGUGAUCAUCAUCUUUCUUCAGCCCAAUCCCAGACCCUUAUUUGGUGCCAUAAUUCAGAUCUUCAAUAAUCUCGUAACUCCCUUUUUGAACCCACUCAUCUAUAGCUUAAGGAAUAAGGAUGUAAAAUCAGCCCUACAAAAUGUAUUUGUUAAACAAAACCAUUCUUUAAAAAUGAAUAAAUAA